AUGGAGUCUGUCUUGGAUAAAUACGACUAUAUUGUUGUUGGUGGUGGGACAAGCGGAUUGGUGGUUGCUAACAGGCUGAGUGAGGACCAGAGCAAAACCGUCUUGGUCGUCGAAUAUGGCGACUUUGCCAACACCAUCAACGUUACGGUGCCCUAUUUUACCACUUUAGAUCAAACACCUCGGCUUUACAACAUGACAUCUGUCCCUCAGGUUCAUCUAGACGGUCGCACCAGCAGGAUGCGUCUCGGAAGCGUGCAGUUAGGAAAUCCCGGUUGGGGAUGGAAGACUCUGCUCAAGUAUUUUCGCAAGUCAUCGAGGUUCUCUCCCCCAGCUAAGGAAUACGUUGACAAGUAUGGUUAUACAUGGACUCCCGAGUCAUAUGGACACGGCCCAAUUAAAGUUGGAUAUCCAUCCUGGCAAUGGCCAGGGGCAGCUAUGCAAGCGGAAGCUUGGACAGAAGAUCUGGAUGCAGACAUCUUACGUGAUGGCGCUGAUGGAAAGAACGUUGGCCUGGCUUGGAUCCCCCAGAACUCUGGUGGUAAAGAAGCAACACGGUCAAGCGCAGAGACGGCCUACUACCAACCAGCCAGUCGUCGCCCGAACCUCCAUCUGCUGGUCCGACAUUACGGAGCUCCUAUCAAGUUCAACGGCAACAUCACGACAGGCGUCGAGAUUGCUAGCCGAGACGGGGGACCAUCGAGGUGCAUCUUAUCCAAGAACGUUAUCCUCGCUGCAGGAGCCAUUAACACUCCUCGGAUCCUGCAGCUGAGUGGCAUUGGGCCUAAGAAGCUGCUCGACUCGCUUGAUAUCGAUGUUGUUGUUGAUGCACCUGGAGUCGGGGCUAACUUCCAGGACCAUCCGACCUUUAACAUGAUUUAUGAGUUCAACAACAAGAGUGUCCCAACUCGCGAUCUUAUGAAUGACCCUGACUUCUAUGACGCCGCGUGGGAGGAAUAUGUCACUAACAAGACCGGGCCUUUCUCGCACGCAUGGGGAAACUAUAUCUCUUUCUCAUCCCUUCAAGACCUUGAUCCGGACUUUGAGGCCAUAGCCAAGAGCCUCGAGGAUCAAGAGCCGUUGGAGCACUUGCCUGCCAUCUACGCCGAGAACCCCUCUCUCGUCAAGGGUUUCCUCAAGCAGCGUCGAGUUUUGCAGUCGCAAUUCCUCAACCCUGAGGCUGGAAUUCUGGAAAUCGUCUUUAGCGGUUCGAUCGUUGUCCCUGUUGCUCUUCAGAAGCCUCUAUCCCGAGGCACCAUCUUCAUCAACACCACCAACGCGGACCCUUCCAUCUCACCGCUCAUCGACUUCAACACAGCCGCCAACCCGGUUGACAUGCACAUCGUGAUGCGAGCCCUCACCAAAGCCCGCCAAUUCAUGGCCGCAGAGAGCGUUGCCUCUCUUGAACCUGUCGAAGUAUCUCCCGGACUGACUCUUCAGGAUGAGGUUGAGAUUCAGACGGCCAUGCGAAAGACAUUCCUUAGUCCCAGUUUGGACCAUCCUGUUGGAACAGCUGCUAUGAUGCCGCGAGAAUGGGGAGGUGUGGUUGACACAAAUCUCCGGGUGUAUGGUGUUGAGGGGCUAUGGGUGGUUGAUGCGAGCGUGAUGCCUCUGCUUCCGGCGGCUCAUACUCAGGCUACGGUGUAUGCUGUGGCAGAAUAUGCAGCAGAUCUCAUCAAGGGCAAUAGCUGA